UCGCAAAAGGCAUUCGUUCCUAAUUUUUCGAAGCUCCCCACUGCCAACGGCGAAACGGGAGCUUCUCCCUCCCACUUAUCACCCAGUCCGUCCCUCCCACGAUCCCAAGUCAGGCCCCGAACCGGGACGAUCACCAGAUACCACGCUCAUCCUGAAUCUGCGGCUGUUAGCUUCCGAGCACGGGCAACCCGUAUCGCACCGUCCACCCUCCGCCCUCUCUUCCACCUCCCUCGAUAUCUCCGAAGUUUACCGUAGCUAUUGCUGCCCGCUCACGCGAGCGCCAUCGUCGCCACCAUGUCCUUCGGCGGCCAGACCCCCACCAUCAUCGUCCUCAAAGAGGGCACCGAUACCUCGCAGGGGAGGGGCCAGAUCAUAUCAAAUAUCAAUGCCUGCCAAGCUGUCCAGGCCACCAUCAAGUCUACCCUGGGCCCGUACGGCGGGGACCUGUUGAUGGUGGAUGAGAAUGGCAAGCAGACCAUCACCAAUGACGGCGCCACUGUUAUGAAGCUUCUCGAUAUCAUACACCCCGCAGCCAGGAUCCUAGUCGAUAUCGCGCGGUCGCAAGAUGCCGAGGUGGGGGAUGGCACGACGUCGGUCGUCGUCCUGGCUGGAGAGAUACUCAAGGAGGUUCGCGAACAUGUCGAGCAAGGCGUCAGCUCCCAGGUCAUCAUCAAGGGCCUGAGGAAGGCGUCGAGCCUAGCCGUCAACAAGAUCAAGGAGAUCGCUAUCCGAACAGACGAGUCCGACAGGCGAGAAACCCUCGAGAAGCUGGCGGCUACUGCUAUGACGAGCAAGUUGAUCAAGAGGAAUACCACCUUCUUCACCAAGAUGGUUGUGGACGCGGUCCUGACGUUAGAUCAAGAGGACCUGAAUGAGAAGCUCAUCGGCAUCAAGAAGAUACCGGGCGGCUCGCUGACCGACUCGCUCUUCGUCAACGGCGUCGCCUUCAAGAAGACCUUCUCCUACGCUGGCUUCGAGCAGCAACCUAAGUCCUUCACCAAGCCUAAGAUCGUCUGCCUUAACGUGGAGCUCGAGCUCAAGGCCGAGAAGGAUAAUGCCGAGGUCCGCGUCGAGCAGGUCUCCGAGUACCAGGCCAUCGUCGACGCCGAGUGGCAGAUCAUCUACAAGAAGCUAGAGGCCAUCCACCAGACCGGCGCCAAGGUUGUGCUCUCGAAGCUACCCAUCGGCGACCUAGCUACCCAGUUCUUCGCCGACCGCGACGUGUUCUGCGCCGGCCGCGUCGCCUCCGAAGACAUGGAGCGCGUGGUCCAAGCGACGGGUGCGACGGUCCAGUCGACGUGCUCCGAUAUUCAGCCCCACCACCUCGGCACCUGCGGCUCGUUCGAGGAGCGUCAGAUCGGCGGCGAGCGCUUCAACUUCUUCGAGGACUGCCCCGAGGCGAAGACGUGCACGCUCGUGCUGCGGGGUGGCGCCGAGCAGUUCAUCGCCGAGGUCGAGCGGUCGCUACACGACGCCAUCAUGAUCGUGAAGCGCGCCAUCCGGAACCGGCUCGUGGUCGGCGGCGGCGGCGCCUGCGAGAUGGAGGUGUCGGCGUACCUGCACGGGUUCGCCGACGCGAACCUGCCGAACAAGCAGCAGGUGGUGAUCAAGUCGUUCGCGAAGGCGCUCGAGGUGAUCCCGCGGCAGCUGUGCGACAACGCCGGGUUCGACGCGACCGACAUCCUCAACAAGCUGCGGGUCGAGCACCGCAAGGGCCGGGUCUGGGCCGGCGUCGACUUCGCCACCGAGGGCGUCGCCGACAUGGUGGAGCGCUUCGUCUGGGAGCCCGCCCUGGUCAAGACCAACGCCAUCCAGGCCGCCACCGAGGCCUGCUGCCUCAUCCUCGGCGUCGACGAGACCAUCCGCAACGAGGAGAGCGCCCAGCCCCAGGCCCCGGGCCAGCCCCUGCCGCCCGGCGCCGCCCAGAGGGCCCUCCGGGGCCGCGGCCGAGGCAUGCCGCGGCGGUGAGCGCGAGUGCUCUUCGCAGGGCGGCGAGGGGAAGUGGUGGCGGUGGCGGUGGCGCCCUGAGGAGAGGGGGUGCUACGGACAGAAAUGGAUAAAAAGAAAGCCGUACCUGAUAUCCCCAGGUUAGCGGCGGUGCCGUCGGUAUGUGUGUGUACCUUUAAAAGAUACCUGUGUUCUUGGAGGGGAUAAAAAGAAACGCGGGGGAGAAGAGGAGAGGAAAAGAAUCCCCGAGGACACCGAGAAUAUAGACGCUUUGCUACUACGAGAUGGAGGGAUGCGAGAGAGAAACAGUUUGAAAAAUGAAGCGUGAGAGUGUGUGAAAAGGAAAUGAACAUGUGCACACUAUGCGAAGACACACACACACACAGAGAGAGA